AUGAAGAGGGCCAGGCUAGAAACCAUGCUUGAGAACCUCACGCUCCAGGGCAACGCGGAAACCUCCCGCAAGCCGCAUUUCCAGGUCAACCCACUAAUAGAGCCGCUUGAGCCCGAGCCGAAAAAACGGCGGACCGCGGACCUCGACACACUCAUUCUGGAGAAAAUGGCCGAGGCGUACAAGGACCAUAUGUUGCAAGGCUUGGCCGUGGUGCGCUACGCCCAUCCCGUGUCGGUUUUGGUGUGGCAUUUCCAGCAGUGGGUCAAGAGGCUCUUCAACAUGUUUGUGCGCAAAUACAACCAGAGGCCCGGCCUGCGCAACAUGAGGCCUUUCCGGGAUUUCGGCAGAAUCAUGGCGUUGACGCGGGACGCGAAUGUCGCGUUCACGUACCGGGACUUGCUCGGCAUCGUGCUUGAAGAGAAUGCGAUUGAGACGCAGCGGUUGCUGCGGAAAAGAGAGGACAGGCUCGGCUGCCAGAGGCUACAGGAGAUCAAGGACGAGGAGGAGCUAGCCCGGGAAAGCAGCUACACUUACUGGGACCGGGUGUCUGCUCUUUCAGGCGACGUAUCUGCUCUUUCAGGCGACGUGAAUAUGGACGAGUAUGGCAGUGACGGAUAUGGCCUGGAAGCCUGGCCGCCCGGCGGGUCGCUGGGUGCGGGCGCGGACCUGGACAUGGCCAUGGCCAUUGACGCAAGCGGCGCGGAGUGCGCGAUGUUGGCGAACCACGGGAGUCCUGGCGCGAGCUACGCGGGGGCCCUCUGCUGA